GCUGAUGGCUAUUGCCGAGGUGAAAGCGUGGCCGUGGUGGUUCUCAAGCAGCUUUCCGAUGCCAUCAGAGAUAACGACAACGUCCUCGGCGUCAUCGUGGGGUCUGCAGCCAACCAGAACCACAAUUACAGCCAUGUUACGGUACCGCAUUCAGCCUCUAAAUAGACUUGUACCAGAAGGUGAUGCAGCUCGGUGGCGUUGAGCCGGUAUCCGUGUCCUACGUUGAGGCUCAUGGUACCGGUACCGGGGUUGGCGAUCCGGUCGAGGUCCGCAGUAUCCGCGACGCCUUUGGCGGCCCUCAAAGAGAUAACCUCCUACACUUUGGUUCCAUCAAGGGCAAUAUCGGACACACCGAGGCUACUGCCGGUGUCGUCGGCCUGAUCAAAGUUCUGCUGAUGAUGAAGCACGGAAAGAUCCCCGCGCAGGCGAGCCACAACGCACUGAAUCCCAAAAUCCCUCCGUUUGAUCAGGACCAGAUGGCGAUACCUCGAAACACGUUACCCUGGAACCCUCCGUUCCGUUUGGCAUGUGUCAACAGCCACGGUGCGGCUGGCAGUAACUCGGCCGUCAUGAUUCGCGAGAAGCCAUCUUCAGGCACUCCAGCAAGCCCUGUGCAUCUUUCGAAAUAUCCACUCUUUGUUUCGGCUGGCUCCGCGAGCAGUCUCUCCAUCAAUAUCCAGGACCUUGAGUCGACGCUUCAAGCAGCGUCAUCAUAUGGCUCAGGCAUACAAACAGCUGCAGAGCCCAAGCCUGUGGUUCUUGUAUUCGGAGGUCAGGAGAGUAACUUCAUCGGCCUUUCGGACGACAUCUACCGUUCCUCCAAAGUGUUCCGUUAUCACCUCGAUUUUUGCAACGACCUUCUCAUCUCCAGGGGGCUGGAAAGCUUCUACCCCUCCAUAUUCCAAACAGUGCCAGUAAGAAACCUGACGACUCUGCACUCGGCCCUUUUUGCUAUCCAAUAUGCUUCCGCUAAGGCGUGGAUGGAUUGUGGACUCAAGAUCAGCGCAGUUGUUGGUCACAGCUUCGGUCAGCUCACUGCAUUAUGCAUCUCAGGCGCAUUGUCUCUCCCUGAUGCAUUGGCAUUGGUCGCAGGAAGAGCGUCCAUUAUGAUGAAGCACUGGGGUCCUGAGCCAGGAUCAAUGAUGUUCUUGCAGGCUGACCGUCAGACCGUCGACCAAGUUAUUCGGUCACUAAGGACUCAGCACGGCGACCACUAUGUUGAGGUUGCUUGCUAUAACGGUCCGAGGAGCCAUGUUGUGGUGGGCUCUUCCAAGGCUGUCGAUGCCCUGGAGCAGCAUGUUGCAAAUACGCUGCUUCUUCGGGAUUCGGUUCGCACCAAGAGACUCAAAGUCACACAUGGUUUCCAUUCCAAAUUUACCGAGUCAAUGCUGCCACAUCUCACUGCUUUGGCCAAGGAAUUGGUGUGGAAAAGCCCAAGCCUCCACCUCGAGACUUGUGAUGACCAUACAAGACGUCCCGUCUUCUUCCAACGAGCGAUAGAAAGGCUCGCCAAGCGGUUCCCGCAGAGCACAUGGAUAGAAGCAGGCCGCAGGUCGUCGGUCAUCCAGCUCGUCAAAGGUUCCGUGCCAGAUUCUCAGUGCCAUGCAUUCCUAUCUCCUCAGCUCACUUCAUCCAAUGGGCAAGGAUCUCUCGCGGACGUGACCAUUGAUCUCUGGAGAAACGGGUACGCAACACAAUACUGGGCAAUCCACAGAGAUCAGAAGCCAGAGUAUGGGUAUCUAAGCCUGCCACCGCACCAAUUCGAGAAGACGCGGCACUGGCUUCCAUUCACGGGUCGAGGUCUUGAGGAGGAGGCGAAGUCUGAUGCCGCCAUGUUGGGCGGACACGUCAUGGCUGGGCAAACGCUCGCUCCGGCAUCGUUAUAUUUCGAGGUUGUCGCCCGCGCGGCCUUGUUCCUUCAAAAAGACACCGAAGCGAAGAAAUACGUGCCCACUGUCAAUGACCUUUUGAUGAAGUCUCCAAUUGGCCAAGAUACAACAAAAGAGAUCAUGCUCACGUUGAAGCGCCUCGAGGAUGUACGUCCCUCUUGGCCCUUUUCCAUGACCACUCAGGCCACCGGGGGCCCUAUCGCCGCACCCUUUGAACAAUCUACUGGCAGAGUGUGCCUCAAGAAGCGUGAUGAUGCGCAGGCCGCCCAAGAGUUCAAGCGAUUCGAGUCUCUGACAGGCCACCGCCGGUAUGAGGAGCUGUUAAAUCAUCCCGAUGCCGAGAAGAUACAAGGAAAUCACAUAUAUCGUGCUUUCAACACCGUCGUCCACUAUGGUGAAGCUUUCCGAGGCAUCAAGCAAGUAGCCUGUGUGCGCAUGGAAGCCGCUGGUAAGGUGGCCAUUACUCCGAACACAAACGACCCAGCCGACCAACGCCUCUGCGAUACCCCCAUGACCGAUAGCUUCAUGCAGUUCGCCGGGUUCGUGGUGAACUACUUCAACAACCCAAGCAUGGAAGAUGUUCUGGUUUGCAUGAAGAUAGAGCAUAUUGAAAUGGGCGGGGGCUUCAAUCCAGACGCGAAAGAGUGGAUCGUUUACUCCAACAUGAGCGAGGGCGGCGAGGCGGAUGCGUCGUCAGAUGCCUACGUCUUUGAGGCCGCAAGCAAGAAGAUGGUCAUGGCGGCGUUCGGCUUCCGCUUUUCCAAGAUGCCGCAGGCGUUACCUGCCCGCAUGCUGAAGAGCGUCAACAAGUCUGGGGUGGCAAACACAACCCUGGAGAAGCCUGUGGUUCAUGCGGUUGACAAAUCAACUGCUCCUGCCGUUCCAGCCGUUCCGACCAGGAAGUCUUCCAGCAAGCGCCCAGAACUCCGUCAGGUCCUAAGUAGUGUUACCGACAUCCCGCUCGAGGAGCUAAGGGACGAUUCGACGCUCGAUGAACUUGGGAUCGACUCGCUCAUGGCCACCGAGGUCCUCAAUGACAUUCGAUCCGUCUUGGGCCUGACGAUAGAUUUGACGAGCUUUCUAUUCUUUCCCAACAUCCAAACCCUCGUCACCCAUGUGGAUGAGAAGUUGGGUGUCGGUGGUGAAGAUGACGGCUUGGAUUCACCACCUUCGCCGAGCACCGAUUCCGGUAUUGCCGAUGUGGGCAUGCCCAACAAAGCCUUGAUCGUUAACCCUGAACCACCCAAUACGGUGAAUCUGAAUCGACCCACCAUCACUUCAGCACUUGAUGCCUUUCAGGAGACGAGGUUCGGAUACGACCAACUGGCCCAAGCCACCCAAGCCCUCGGCUUCUGGGCUCAAGCGUACCCGCACCAGGCGCGACUGGUUCUGGCCUAUGUCGUAGAAGCAUUUACCAAAAUUGGAUGCGACUUAAAGGAGCUGCGGGCUGGCGAUUCCGUUCCUCGAGUUGGAACUUUGGACAAGCAUAAGAAGCUUGUACGCCAGCUUUAUCGCAUCCUCGAGGAUGGGAAGCUCAUUUUAUCUUCGAACCAAGGUUUCUCUCGAACCGACGUCCCUGUUGAUUCCAUCCCUGCCGAAGCUAUCUACCAGCAAAUCAUCGGCCUCUACCCACAGCACGCCAAUGUGAACAAUCUAGUGAGGACGGUUGCGUCUCAGAUGGCCGCGUGCUUAGUCGGCGACAAGGACGGCCUACAGAUAGUCUUCGGCGACAGAGAAACCAAGAAGACGCUGGAAGACAUGUACGAAUUUUGGCCGCUCCUGAGGACGCCCACCCUUCUUCUCGGUGACUUUUUGCUGAAAGCCUUUACCAAUGCGACAGGUAGUGGCAAGUUUCGCAUUCUUGAAAUCGGCGCAGGGACCGGAGGCACAACUCGGUAUAUCGUGAACCACCUGAAGAACCACGGCAUCCCCUUCGAGUACGUCUUCACCGAUAUUUCCGCUUCGUUCGUCGCCGCCGCGAGGAAGCAGUUCAACGGCGUCGACGGCAUGUCGUUCGAGCUCCUCGACGUCGAGAAGCCGCCCAAGGCAGAGUAUGAGAGCGCCUUCCACUGCAUCAUAGCGACCAACUGCAUCCACGCGACGAGAAAUCUGGAUUCGUCGCUUCUUCACCUGCGCAAGAUGCUCCGCGAAGACGGGGCUUUGACGCUGGUCGAGAUCACGAAAAACAUGUUCUGGCUUGACAUCGUCGUCGGCCUCUUCGAAGGGUUUAACGAGGUUUUGUGGACGGACGGUGCUGCGCCUGAGUCCAAGACGGUACGUGUCAUUGGCGCAUUUCCAGCCAAAAAGACGGUCAAGACGGUCAAGGCGGCCUUGGAGACGGUUGUGUACAAGAAAAUAGGAGACCAGGAGAUCCACGCCGAUGUCUACUACCCCGUUGAUGGGGAGUUCCCAAAUAAGAAAAUGCCCGUCGGCUCGAAGCCCCCGGUACCUCUAUUAGUACUCCCGAGCAGCCAUAUCAUUUUCUCCAGAAAGGAUAUUCGACCGGCUCAGACACGCCUUCUGCUCGAGAAAGGCUUUCUCCCGGUUAGCUUGGAUCACCGACUCUGCCCUGAGGUCAGUCUCUCCGAGGGACCGAUGGUGGACGUUUGCGACGCCCUCCACUGGACUCGCAACACGUUGCCUCAUAUCAAACUCAAACGGCCAGGUCUCGAGAUCGACGGCGAUAAAGUGGUAGCGGUGGGCUGGUCGUCGGGCGGACAGCUCGCCAUGUCGCUCGCUUGGACUGCACACCCACGAGGCCUGCGGCCACCGGAAGCCAUCCUAGCCUUUUACUGUGCCACCAACUACGAGGACGAGUGGUGGCGCUGUCCAAUCCAGCCCGUCGGCGCUGAGGACCGGGGCAUCAAAUAUGAUGUGCUUGAAGCCGUCCAAGACGAGCCCAUCACCAAUUACGGCGUCUUAGGCGCCUGGGAGCCGCUCUCCGAUCCCCACAUUCUGACUGACCCGCGCUGCCGCAUCGUACUUCACAUCAACUGGAAGGCCCAAACCCUCCCCGUCAUCCUCGGCGGGCUCGUCAGCAGGAAGAAGGCCGCGGCUCAGUCUUCCGACGUCAAAGACUGGAACCUCCUCCCGCAACCCACGCUCGAUCAAAUCAGGGCCGCCAGCCCACUCGCGCAGAUUCGUCAAGCCAACUACCAGACGCCGACCUUCUUGAUCCACGGCACGGCUGAUGAUCUAAUUCCGUGGCAACAGAGCCGGGGCACGUAUGAGGCCAUGGUCAAUAGGGGCAUUGCGGCCGGCUUGGCACUUGUCGAGGGCGCUCCGCACAUCUGUGACCUGAGCAGCGAUCCCGAGUCGGAGGGUUGGAAGGCGGCUCUUCGAGGAUACGACUUCAUCAGCUCUUACGUGUUCUAA